AUGCCAACCGUAUAUGGUUUUUUUCCUGUUAAUCCAAUUUCCUUGAAUCUUGCAUCAAAUGCGGCGUGGUAUACAACAGUAGAGUUCGGCAACGUGAUAAUCAAUAACUAUACUUAUUUGGAUUGGCAUGUGCAACCAACUCUGGUUUAUAGCAACCUCUACGCAGCUCUGAUGGAAUCCCGCCAUUGCUCGGGGCCAAUGUUUUCCUCCAAUACUCCUAUUGGAUAUGGAAACUGUUCGACUCGACCCUACAUAGGUUGGAAUUAUACAGAUAUAUGCGUUACUGCAGGCAACUAUGUGGCGAACUCCAGCGUACUUAACUAUACAACUUGCCAAGCAAUGGUAAAUGCCAGCUUGGUAGCAAACGCUGCUCCUGCGCAACUUCCUCAGAUCCUUCCGAAUCUCACAGUACCAUUGACUUGUGCUGACAGUGCACUACCUUCAUCGUACACCAUGUGUAACAUGUUCAGUAGUUGGCUUGGGUUCAACCAAUCUGCUUGUAUGAUCUAUUUUGCUUCAAAUAUGUUUUUAUGUUCCAUCUACUAUGAUCCAUACUAUGCUUAUAGCGUCGCACUAGGAUAUGGAUUAGUUGAAUCUUAUCAGCAAAUCAAUAAUAAUGUUCUCUGGACUAUUGCUACGAACUACAGCACUUCCACCGGUGUGUCUUACCGUAUGUUCGAAUCAACGACCCAAUUGCUUUUAGCGGUGCCUAUUCUUAUGAGCAAUAACGUUUCUUAUUAUGGUUGCUAUUGUUAUUGCCUCACAAACAUGUGCAAUACAAAUAUAGCAACGUGUUCGUCAGGCCUAGGUUUCAAUUGUUCUGUUCCAACAUUUAUAACGGCAACAACGACUAAUACAACAGUCAGCUAUUCAACUACAACAACAACAACAACAACGACUAGUACAACAUUCAACUCUUCAACUACUUCGACAUCGAAUUCAAAUUCAAAUACAACUGUUGGAUCAUUGAAUUAUACUUCCUCAACGUCUAGUACACAGAGUCAAAUCAAUACCAGCUUGAUCGUUGGUGUUGGGUUAGCUGGAGUGUUCUUCUUUGUUGUUGUUAGUGGCCUGAUCAUUUUUAAGACUGUGCGAUACUGUAAAAAAAUGCCGUCCACAAACAAAGUUCAACCUGAGCAAGUGACCCCAGAGUCAAAUGAACCAACACCGCCAAACUCAAAGGAGCAAGAGACACCGAAAAAGCUACAUCGUCCAACAGUUCGAACAAAUAAAACAGUCGAUUUACGAAAUGCUACUCUAGCCGAAGGCUUCUUGCAGAAUACCUGA